CGGUUGAACUCUGUAAACCGCGGAGUGAUCCCGUCUGCUGUGAUUCGGUCCGGGCAUUAGGAGUUGCAGAAGUAGCGGACUUAAAAACUUUCUGUCUGCAAGUCUGUUCGUCGUCAAAUAGCACUUCAUGAAGAGUCCCUGACUGCGAAAAGGAGAAAAUAUGGCUUUUUAAACCUCUGACUGUUUUCGUCUUCACCCUACAGCUUCGUGUGCUUUGCUUCAGCAACGCACUUUAACAAGACUACUCAGAAACUAUGGGGUAAGUACAGCUGCUGUCUGCCGUUAAGUUUGGUUAUGGAGGGGCUGAGGAAAGUUCAGUUAUUUUAGAAAAACUUAACAAACAGUUCAUACAAUCUUCAAAGUAACGUUACCUCCUAAAUUUACGAUCUUACUUUAUAAUUCACGACAUUUUCUCUUCUUUUUGAGCGAUUGUCAGGUUCUAUUUAUAGCAUUCUUGUCAAAAUAACUGUUUGAACUGUGAAAAAUUCAGAUUUUUAUUCAUCUUUGUGCCUAAAUAUAUAUUUUUAAAGCAUUUAAAGGAAAAUUUUCGGUUCAAUAAUUCUUAUUUCCAUGGUAUCUGUGUUAAAGUCUGUACAUUUGUUUUAAAGUGAUAUAAAAGUUAAUUUAUUUUUGAUCCUUUUUUCCCUAUUGGUUCAUUAUUGAGAAUUUGUAUCAUGCCAUAUCUUUGAAAGUUGUUCUUUUUGAUUAAUGGUGACAUAAAUCAAUAAUUGCUUGACUUCUCAAGGUAACAGGUGAACAUAAAAAAAAAAACUUAAUAUCAAUUAAAUUUUAAAAUAUUUCAUUUUUGCAGCUUAGUUUUCAUUUUCUUGUGUAUGUGUUAAAAUAUUUUUUUGACAUUUUUCAAAAUUUUGAGUGAUUAAAUAUACAUUAUUGAUGUGUUGGAUUGGGAGGUGUUAUAAAUAAAAAAAAUUGAUAAUUUUAAUUUUUUUACAGGUCUUCAGGUGUUUUCACAACUCUUUCAUCCAGCCAGUGCACUGUUUGUGCUUUUGAACAAUUUAAUCGAAGCAGACGACACAAUGGCGGCAUCGAUCCUUCGCAGGAAAAUUCCUCCCAUUUCCACAGGCGAGCUCGGCGCUCUCCCUCACCGACAGGCUAGCCGCGGCCAAUCACGGCCAAGGACGGGGGCGGAGCCAGCGGAGAGGCAGCACUUAAUUGGUGAGUUUUGCCAAGACGCUUUUUUAUUUUUCCACAUCCCGAGGUCGGAGCCGCAGUGCAGCACGGGGCUAAUGUCGUACAGUGAGUACAGCUAAGUGGAUAUUUAUCGAAUGCAGACGAUGCUGUUCAAUCAUUUUCAGAUGAUCGGUUAGUUGUUCACUUGGAUUUGUCGGAUGUUUUGUUUGCUUUUAAGCUUGCAUUUUUUUUUUAGAUUUAUCCUCUCUUAACCUUGCGUGAUUUAAUUUUUUCCUGAAUUUCAAUUUUUUUUUAAUUUAUUGGUUUUUUUUUUUUCAAAAAGCUGAAUGAAAAAAAAAAGGAUUUACUGUUUAUAUGAUGAUUAUUUUUGAUUUUUAUAGGUGAUGGUCAUUCAGAUUGGAUGACGGAAAAAGUUGAUUUGUCUUCAUUUGUGUCGACGACUGAGUCCUCUCCCAGCUCAUCCCUUCCACCCUCGCCGUUAGAACAAGAUGUCAAGGUGCCCUCGGAUCUGGAGGUCAUGACCUCGCUACUGCAGGAGGAGCUGGCUCAGCUGGAGGACUACUUCCGCUCCGAGUCCACAUCCACCACAAACAAGUUGGAGAAAUCCUCAAAAUGUGAUAAGGGUGCUCAAGGCAUGGGCUCCCAGUCUUAUUAUCAGUUACCCUAUGGCUCAUAUGGGACCAGCCAAUCAGAAACCAGCCCUGUGGUUGUUACCUUGGCAACAGGGGAACUGGACCUGGCCAGCUUCUGCGGCGGUCCCAUCGGCAGAACCAAAAUAGCGCGACCCGCUCCGUACAACUACCACCACCGCUACCACCACCACAACAACGGGCGCAGGAUCCUCAGCGAGGCGGUGAAAGUCGGGGAGGAAGUUGGACUGGAUUCGUGGGGCUCCAGGGGAAGUUACUCAGGAAGCACAGAGUUGUCUGUGAACCACUACUCCACGCUGAAGACAGUGAGCAAGAGCAGCCUCGGCGGCGUCAAGAAGGUGAGAGAAUGUGCUUUAUCGUUGAAGGAAGAGGAGAGUUAUUGUUUCUCAGAGGGAAUGUUUUGCAGCGAAGAGAUUGCGCGAGGUUUUUGUCUGGGCGGCUCGUACGACAGCCACCACAAGCGAGAAGGACAGUUGAUGCACAAUGUGAAGGUCAAUGUAAGUUACGACAGCUCGGGGUUGGAGGUCCUGCACUGCAGCAAAGAUGGAGGACUUUCUGGGGCUAUUCCCCAAGAGACAAUGGUGGCCAGUGACGGCUACUACCACCAGUCCAUGGCUGGCACGGAGCCUUACCAUAGCUUUAUAGGAGACCUCGAUCAGCCCACACAAGCACAGGCUGUAGAGCCCCAACAUGGCCACUACCUCUAUCCAGAAUGCCUUGCAGACCAAAGCUACGAAUGUCUGUCCAGAGGGGAGGCAGAGGGGACGCUCCUCGGCGCCCCUAUCCACCGCCCCACCCAGAGGCUAAAGGAUGAGCCAUGCUCUGUCAAACCCACUCUGGUGAUGGGCGGCUCUCUGGAAGGUGGCACUGGAGAGAGGAAGCAGAAAAAGAGAGACCAGAACAAAACUGCUGCUCACAGGUAAACAACAGAUUCUGCUCUUUAUUUUUUGACCGUUUUAAACAUGUUUACACAUUCAAGAGUAUUCAAAAAUAAGUGGAAAUGUGGCAAAAACGAAAUAAAAGACUUAUUACCAAAAAGAGGAAAUCACAGCCAAGUGGGGUUAUUUUUUCAUCUGUGAAUCUGUGAAGCUUUUUCUAGAAGUAGGGCAAAUCUUUCAGUUAAAAGUACCCAAAACUUAGCUGUAUAACUUAACCUCUGCAGCAGAGUUACAUAAAGCAGCCACCCCAGUGCUUAAAAUGUCCCACAGAGUCGAGGAGGGAAGUGGAAAGUCCCUCACUGUCUGCCAAAUUCAGCCCCACCUAACCUCCAUAUGUCCGACUGUGUGUGUUUUUAUUCUUCUUUGUGCAAAACUGGCUAAAAAAUAUCAAAGUGAAGGAAAAGGAGAAAGCAGAGAGAAGUCGAAAUGGAUCAGUGACCGAGUAGGGGAAAUUAACACGUAAUCUCAGGGGAGGGAUGUCUGAUCUGUGUGUGUAAUCCACCCAAUGUAGCCCAAAGGUCACGCUCACUUUGGCUUAUUAAUAAAAAUGCAAGGCAGCAAAAAAACCUGCGAACCUAAAGCAAACCUGUUCCCUUUUCAUAUCACAGGUACAGACUGCGUAAGAGGGCGGAGUUGGACUCUCUGGAGGAGGAGCUGCAUGGCCUCGAGGGGCAGAACCGGGAGCUCCGUGACAAGGCGGAGUCGGUGGAGCGAGAAAUCCAGUACGUCAAAGAUUUACUGAUCGAGGUCUACAAGGCUCGCAGUCAGCGGCUCAAACAGGACGGCAGUGCCUAACAAAGAAGGAAGGAAAGAAAGAAAGACGCCCACCUCUAAAAACCGAGAGCACCAAGAGAAACAUCAAGUCAAGAGCACCAACUAGUUUUUGUCUCACAAAAAUGAAAUGGUAGUUGCAUGAUUUUGGUAGUUCUUUUUCUAAAAAAACACAAAAAAUAUCUUUGUUCCAAGAGGAUUGCCGAACAAAAACACACCUUUCCUCCGAAAUCAAAGCGAAGGUGACUAAACUCUAACCAGCCUUAGCGAGGUGGCUUCCAGAGGAGAUGCUGAACUUGUCCGUGACCACUGUGAUCCGAACUGCACUCACAGCCUUGUGAUGACUGCGCUUGCAACGAUUGAUCGUUUACAAAAUGCUCUUUGAAUUAGUAGUAGUGAUUGAAUUUUUUGCUUGUGGUUUUUUGUGACACACAUACACACACACACACAUCGGCAGCAUCGAAGCAGAUCCAUAACUAAAUAUAUAUUUUAUUUUAUAUUUUUAUUUUUACUUAAUAUAUUCAUUUAUUAUCAUUUUUGCUUCAAUCGAAUGAAUAAAGGGAUUGCUGGAAAAAGUGUGUAACAUGCUCUGCAAAAUAUUCAUUAUCCGGCACAUUUAGAAGAUUUGUAUUGCUAAAAAUGUUGAGUAUUUACACUUCUUUACCCCCCCUGAGAUUCCCAAUGCAUGUUUGAUUUUGGAAAAAGCAUGUGCGAGUGUUUUUUGAAGGCAAUAUUCUGUUAAAUGCAUGGCUUCAAGAUUUCCACCCGAGUUAUUCCUCUCAUCAGCUGGUGACUUCACUCUCCCCCACCGUGGUCGCCGGUGAGACUCAUGCUCAGGAUUUGGUUUUCUGCUCUGAGAAACACAGAAACAUUGCUUCUUUACUUCCUCUUCUCUUUCUCUCGGCUGUAUUUUUGCGAACAAACAAUCACCUGUUGACGCAACAAUAAAUCGUUGUUGGGUAACGGUACGACUUCAUGGGAAUUUUGUUUUCAAUUGAUCAAUUUGAUGUAUCUGAGGUCCAGGUCCUUUUAAACGAUGGAUGUCAAUGUCAGGAGAUUAUACAUCAGGUAAAUUACAGCCAAAUAAACCACUGAUGUAGUUUCAUUCAUCUCUGCCUUUUGGACUGUUUUUCACUGCAUGCUGCCAUUUGAAAAAAAACGCCUUUUACACCUAAUUUCAUGAGCUGCACUCAGAGUGGUGCGCACACAGAAUGAGAAGAGGGUGGGAUUAAGAGAUAAAAAGGGAUGAAGAAUCCGCCCCUCCUCUCUAUUCUGCGCUCUGCAGUGUAACUGCCUCGCCAUCAAUCCCUCUGUUUUUGGCUGCAGUGCAGGCAAGAGUUUGACCGCAGGAUGGCAGACUUUGAUUGACACCUGUGUAUUAAAAAAACAACCUUUUCCCCACCACAAUAAAAGCCUGAAUGAAGUCAACACCCGGCAGACAGAGGGUGAAAAUGAUAAGAGGAUCACUAAUUGGCACGUCUUGUUAUUCCUCACUUUUCUUCCUGCUUUAUGUCCGAUCCUCGAGGGCUGAAAGUGCAGUGAUAUCAAGCUGCAACAGUCAACAACUCACAGCACAAGUUGGCUAUCUCAUCUCUCAGCUUGUGUGCGCGCCCUUGUCGGAGUGUGUGCAUGCGUGUGUGCGUGCGUGUGUGUGUGAAAUCUCUUGGUAUCUCUCCUAGCAGUCGUAGGCCUUUCAAGUGCAUGAGGCAAUAUCACACAAUACUUGCAGACGGAGGAGGAGGAGGAGAGAGAUGCAAGUGAACUAUCAGAAUAAAAAAGUAGUCGGUUGACAGAGAAUGCUGUUAAAUGUAUUGAUUCAGUUUGUUGUUUGUUUUGACACAUGCAAUGAAAAAUGGAUUCAAAAAACAUGAUUUAUAACCUGAUUUUGGGGUGAAUUCAAUAAAAUCCUCCCAUAAACACUUAUUUAUCAAAGAUUUUUUAUACAUGACAGGAUGUGCACACAUCCACUCACUUUUUGUUGAUUAUCUUGAACUGGAAAGAUUAAUUUUUAAGUAUAAGAAGGGCAAAUGUACUUGAAAUAAAUGCACAUGAAAAAUAUGAACAAAGA